CGAUGGUGGGUGCCCAGCCCGAGCCUGCGCCGCCGCCGCCAGACGCACUAUGAGGGGACCCCCCACCGUGGCGCUGGCCUGCUUGGCUCUGGCCGCGCUGCUCGGCCCGCCCGCCGAGGCGUGGUACAAACAAGCGGCCGGCCCUAGCUACUACUCGGUGAGAAGAGCCUCGGGGCUGCUGUCCGGCGUCCGCCGCUCGCCCUACAUGCGCCGCUCCGACGACACCGGCGGCACCGACAGCAGCAGCCGCUGCUGCCCUCAUCCUGGCCACACACGCACCCAGCCCUCGCUCACCCUCGCUCUUUCUCCCCCCUCGCAGGCGGUGUGUGUGAAAGAAGUGGCCCCGGAGCUGCAGAGCUGCCAACUGCUGCCCGGCGUCCCCAGCAUCAUCCAAUGCAAGGCCGAUGUCACCGUCUCGCUGGACCCCGCGGACUGCAGCACCACCUGAGGGGGGGGGGGCUGCCCUGGAAGCCCAGAUCGGGACACCCGGACUGGGCGAGGGAAGAACGGGAGGAGGGAGGCAGGCAGAAGACGGGAUGAAUCGUUCUCCUGGGGGCGACUGGCAGGGCGAGGGACACUUUUCACUUUUUUUCUCCUUCUGCAUCUAAUAAUAAAUGCGCCUUAA